AGCAGCCUGGUGGAGCAGGUGCUGCUGUCAGUCACUCAGCUGCACCGAGGGGGUUCGAGCCAGAGAGCGCAAGAAAUGUGGGGAGCUUGGAAAAGAAGUCAGGAAACACUGUAUUUGUGUGUAACUUAAAACGCCAGAGGGUGAUGGUUGAGGGCCUGCUAGAGAUCUGGAUCCAGUUUGACUUAAAUCCAAAGGACUUCAUCUUGGACAAGAAAGAGAGAAACAGUUGGCCUGGAUCUUUUUUCUGUCCCUGCUUCCUGAUUGGAUUUCUUCAGACAUGGAGUCUCAACAGUCUAAGACCACAGAGGACUCCAAGACCAAUGAAGAGUUGGCUAAAACCAUAAUGGCUCGGCAUUUCCUCCCGUCUCUCAUUGGCUCGGAGGCCUGGGAGGGGUACGUCUUCUCUGACCUGAAGAUCCGCAUCAAAGAGUCCACUGACCUCUACGGAGCAGUCCUCUGGCCCUCGGCAAUGGUGCUGUGUCAUUUCUUAGAGACCAACCAGGACAAACACAACCUGACGGACAAAAAUGUGAUUGAACUGGGUGCAGGGACCGGACUCGUCUCCAUCGUGUCCAGCCUGUUAGGUGCUAAGGUGACGUCCACAGACCUGCCAGACGUGCUGGGGAACCUCCGGUACAACGUUCAGCACAAUACAAAGGGCCGGUGCAAAUACAUCCCCCUGGUCACUGAGCUCUUCUGGGGUAAGGAGGUGGAGCAGCAGUUCCCCCGCGCCACUCACUGCUUUGACUACAUCCUGGCGGCCGACGUGGUGUACUCCCACCCGUACCUGGAAGAGCUGAUGGACACCUUCGACCACCUGUGCCAGGACAACACACAGAUCCUCUGGGCUAUGCGUUUCCGCCUGGACCCGGAGAACAGCUUUGUGGAUCGCUUCCAGCAGCGCUUCCACCUGGAGGAGCUGUACGACCUCCCGAGCCUGAGCAUCAAACUGUUCUGGGCCAGGAGGAGGGACACGAGGGCCAAAGACUGA